UUUCCUACAUUGCCAGGGAAUAUGAAUGGGAUUCUGAUACAUUGCUUAGCAAGCAUUGUGUAUCAUUUCGAUUACUUGAGAAAGGAGUUGGACCCCAGUCAUCCAUUAUGGAGCUGCGCAUUGUUUCGGGAUACUGGAAUUUAUGAACAGCUGAAAGAGCAAGUUUUAGUUCUGCUUCCUACAGACGUACCCACAGAGAUGAAUGAAAGUUCCGAGAACAUGAUGUGCACUGUGCAGGUUCCCAUUUAUCGUAGUACUGGAUGUCCGCCUCAUGUCACAUCACUGGUUCACGAAAAGCAGUGGAUGAUGAAGACACAACUUUUGCAAGAGAAGCUUGAUCAAGUGGUGGCAGGCAAUGAACAGCUGGAGCCACUUCAUUCACAGCAGCAGCCAGAAGUACAGCAGUGCCAAGGUCAGAGGCUUCUUCCGGAAGAUAUACGAGUAUCGGACGACCGGGCAGGAGUAACAGAGGCAGCCUGGAGCAUUUGGCAUUGUGGCAACAAUUUAAAAGGACUUCCACCGCUGAAACGUAUGAGGGGAAAAGAUUUGACACAGAAGAGCCAAGAUAAACGAUUGACAGAUAUGAAG